AUGGUUCGUCAGCUCAAGCAUCACGAGAAGAAACUUCUCCGGAAGGUCGACUUCCACACCUACAAAUCCGAUGGCAACCACAGAGAGCACCAGAUUCGCCAGCGCUACCUCCUGCAAGACCCGAUGGAUUACCGCAAAUAUAACGCGUUGUGCGGAUCUCUGCGGCAGAUUGCCCACAAGCUUUCGCAGCUCGACCCCGAGAGCGAUCCUGUGCGCAGGAAACUCGAGUCGGAGCUGCUGGAGAAGUUGUGGCGGAUGGGAAUCCUGAAACAGUCCCGUGAGCAGGGCGCGGGUUUGUCGCGUGUUGAGCGGGAGGUUACCGUUUCUGCGUUUUGCCGGAGGCGUUUGGCUGUUUUGAUGGUUCGCUCGGGGAUGGUGCAGACUAUUAAGGCUGCCGCGACGUUUAUUGAGCAAGGCCAGGUCCGCGUUGGAACUGAAGUCGUCAACGAUCCCGCUUUCCUGGUUUCGCGCAACAUGGAGGACUUUGUUACCUGGGUGGAUUCCAGCAAGAUCAAGCGCAACAUUAUGCAGUACCGCGACAAGCUAGACGAUUACGAUUUGCUGUGA